AUGUCCUUCUACACGACGGUGAGAGGCCUGGUAAUUCUCCUGCCAUGGCUCGGCUAUUUGAUAUUUAUGGACCUGGCCCUCUCUCUGCUCCUACCUCUCAGUUACUUGUUUCCAGAUUGGGUAUACAAUGUUUCUAGCUACAUAGCCUUUACUUGUUGGAACUGGAUCCAAGUUAUCUUUGAGAUCGGAAAUAAUGGCCAGAUUACCUUUUCGGGAGACGAAUUACCUCGGGGAGAAUCGGCUAUUGUUAUCGCCAACCACGUCAGCUGGACCGACUUCUACAUGAUUCAAGCUCUAGCAAUACGGUCUGGGAUGCUUGGUCGCUGUCGCUGGUUUGCCAAAAUUGAACUGCGCUGGAUACCGCUGCUGGGAUGGGGCAUCUGGGCCAUGAGGAUGCCUAUGGUGAGCAGGAAAUGGACCCAGGACAAGAAGGAGCUGGAGCGCGUGUUUUCUGGAAUCACCGAAAGACACUGGCCGACAUGGCUCAUUAGCUUUAGCGAGGCAACGCGUUACACUCCUCGUAAGGCCGAGGAGGCCAAAAUCUGGUGCAAGGAAAACAAGAAAGCAUUCCCCCAGCAUCUUCUAUACCCUCGGAUGAAAGGCUUUGUCUCAACCGUUCAACACCUUCGUAAAGCCAAGCAUAUGAAAGCCGUAUACGAUAUGACCAUAGCGUACAGUCAUGAAAAUAAAUUCUUGUCUCCGCCGAGCAUCUGGGAAUCAUUGACACUGGACUCACUUAGUACGCGACGGGGAUACAAAUUUCAUGUUGAUGUUCGGCGGUUCCUUAUUGCCGAUUUACCCCAAACUGAUGGCGAGCUGGCCUCAUGGCUUGAAUCAAGAUGGGUUGAGAAAGGUAAAUUUCUCGAGGAUAAAAGGGAGGAAUGGGCUAGAGCUACGAAAACAACGUCAGAAUGA